CUACUUGCUAUAUACAUGAGCAGAGGAUUGCUCAGAUUGCUCGGUACUGAGUAUACUGAUCGUACCAAGUAUACUGCUUGUACCAAGUAUACUGAUCGUACUGAGUAUACUGACCGUGUUGAGUAUACUGCUCGUACCAAGUAUACUGAUCGUACUGAGUAUACUGACCGUGUCGAGUAUUGCCGAUGCGGCCCACUGCUUGGGUUGCUUGAGUUGCUCAACUGAGAGUGAUGAUCAUACUGAGUAUUGCCGAUGCGGCCCACUGCUUGGGUCAAUCAAUACUACAGUUCUUCGGCUUUUUUCGUAUUGUUGCGUGGUCCUGUUCGUUCAGUGUUGUGCGGGUUGCCCUUUGAUCGUAACA